AUACCCUCUUAAUUUCCUCAUACAUCUGCCACAGAUGUAGCACUGCAGGGAUGCAAUUGGUCCAGACCUACUUUUUCUUGCAGCAUCUCAGCCCAUCCCUUGUUCUUCUGUUCCUUUCCUUUGCAACCCCUCCCUCCCUCCCUGCAUGUUAUCCAUGCCAGAACUUCAUAUCUUCAUUUCCCAUUCACUUAUUGAUGAUGGGAAAAUACCCUUAUUGUCUUCCAUGUCCCCCACUUUAACUACCAAAGCUAAAAUUCAUAUCUUUCCUCUUGUAAUUGUUUUGUGUCAGGGAUUUAUAUCAUAUCCCCAGAGGCCUAUAUAUUAUACAUACAAUAUUAUUGUGUUUUGAAGUGAAGAAAUAGUUAAUUGUAUUCAAUAUAAUGGACUCAAAUAAUGCACCAAGAUAUCUUCUAAACCAUGCAGCUCUUUCUUCAGUUUACUAUCAAGGAAAAGAAGAUAAUGGCAGCAGCAACAUCAUUGAUUUGGGACUUAGCCUUAGGGUUAUAAACCCUCAGACUUAUCAUCCAGCUCCACAUCAUGGGAGCUAUGAGGAGCUGAUAGAUUGGCAGGAUCUGCACCCACAGAUAAGAAAUGGAAGGAGUGAGGAGGAUCCAAGAGCCUAUAUUGAACAUUGUGAUGAUGAAGCUGAGGGGAUUCAAAGCAAAUUAAAAGAGAGGUGGGAUUAUGUGAAAGUUAACAUGGAUGGAGUGAUUGUUGGCAGGAAAAUUUGCAUUCUUGAUCACAUGAGUUACUCCUCCCUUGCUCUUCAACUAGAAGACAUGUUUGGGAAACAAUCCAUAUCUGGGCUAAGACUAUUCCAAGAUGGUUCAGAGUUCUCCCUAUUUUAUAAGGAUAGGGAUGAUAUUUGGAGGAUGGUUGGAGAUGUUCCAUGGAAAGAAUUUGUGAAUCGAGUCAAGAGACUAAGAAUCGUGCAGAAGGAAGAAUCAACUACUCCCCAUCCAUCUUCUUAACUAUAAAUAAUUUAAAAAAAUUGUAAGAGGUUUGAUUAUCGUAGAGUCAUUUAGUUUUUAAAGUAUAUUUACCGUUCUAUUUGUAGUAGUAAGAGUUGUAAUGG